GUUAUGGUCUCUCGCCUAUAAAUAUAUGUCUCUCUGCCACCUCAUUUCCUAAAAGAACACCCAAAAUAUCUCUUAUCAUUCCUUCUGAAUAUGAUUUCUAAAACCACCUAGAGCAAAUAUGGAGCGGGUAUUACUCUUACUCAUUUGCUUCCUCUUGCUUUCUCAACCUAAUAAUUGUUCCUCUUCUCUCUCUUUUAAUUCAUCAACGCCUCUUUGCCAUUCACACCAAUCCUCUGCUUUGCUCCAUUUCAGAAACUCUUUUUCUGUUCGCGAUUCUGAUGGUUAUUGUGAAUAUUAUUCUCAUCCUCCGAAGAAUUCGUGGAAAAUGGGUACAGAUUGUUGUGGGUGGGAUGGGGUCAUCUGUGAUACGAUGACAGGUCAUGUCAUUGCUGUCGACCUCAGUUGCAGUCGGCUUGAAGGUCCCAUCCAUCCCAAUUCCACCCUUUUCUCUCUUCGCCAUCUCCAGCGGCUCAACCUUGCUCACAACUAUUUCAAUAUCUCCGCAAUUUCAUCUAAGUUUGGUGGCUUUGCAAACAUGACGCAUCUCAACCUCACUGGGUCCUUCUUUGCUGGUGAUGUCCCUUCUGAAAUCUCCCACUUAUCCAAAUUGGUUUCACUUGAUCUCUCUGAGAAUUAUGGCAUGAGAAUAGAAAUGCCUAGUUUGAAAAGGCUUGUUCAAAACCUAACCCAUAUAACUGAACUUUUUUUGGAUUAUGUUAACAUGUCUUCUGUUUCACCUAAUUCUUUCAUGAAUUUGUCUUCCUCUUUGACAUCUCUUACUCUUCGUUAUUGUGGAUUGAAAGGGAGAUUCCCAGAUAAUAUAUUACACCUUCCAAACCUCCAGCUGCUCUAUGUAGGUUACAACUACAAUCUCACCGGUUCCCUUCCAACGAAUAACUGGAGUACUCCACUCAGGUCCUUGGAGCUCUCUGGAAUCGAAUUCCCAAUCCACUUACCUAAUUUAAUAAGCAAUCUCAAGUCCUUAAAAGAAUUGUACCUCAGAGAAUGCAAUUUCAUAGGAUCAUAUCCAACAUUUCUUCCUAAUCUCACACAAAUCACUUCUUUGGACCUCUCAUAUAAUAACUUUGGUGGUCAGUUUCCAUGGUCCCUCCUAAACUUUGAAGUUCUUACUGACUUAGAUCUCUCAUACAACAAUUUCAUAGGGCAGCUUCUGACAAACUUUCCCCAAAUUUUCUCUUCAAAUAAUUCUUCUAAUAGUCAACUAGUCAACAAGAUUCCUUCCAAUCUAGAAUCUCUCUUCUUAUCUGGUAACUUAUUGAAUGGGACAAUACCAUCUUGGGUGUAUACAAUACCAUCUUUGCGUUACUUAUUUCUUGAUUAUAACCAAUUCAUUGGGCAUAUUGGCGAUUUCCAGCAUAACUCAUUGGUUGGUCUUAGGUUGAAUAAUAACAACCUAAGUGGUCCCCUUCCAUUGUCAAUCUCUAAAUUGGUGAGCCUUCGUGUUCUAUUUGUCUCCUUCAAUAAUUUAAGUGGCAAUGUGGAGUCAAAAAUAUUCUUUAAGCUCAAAAAUCUUCAAUCUCUUGGAAUGUCAAAUAAUCCUCUCCUGUCACUAAGCUCCUUCACCUUUGCCACCAAUAUCUUACCCAAAAUUGUUUCAUUACAGUUGUCUUCUUCCAACAUAACUGAAAUUCCACACUUUGUACAAACUGCAGAAUAUAUUGAACGCUUAGACCUUUCCAACAACCAAAUCAAAGGCAAUAUUCCAAAGUGGUUUUUGGAGGUGGGGAAGGAUUCAUUGUUUUACUUGAAUCUUUCAUACAACUCAUUGACAAGUGUAGGACACCUUUUGUGGAAGAACUUGGGAUAUCUUGAUUUUCAUUCUAACUCGCUUCAAGGACCACUUCCAGUACCUCCACUAGGCAUAUAUUUCUUUUCAGUCUCCAGGAAUAAUAUAACUGGACAAAUCUCUUCCUCAUUUUGCAAUCUUAGUUCUAUUGAGUACCUUGAUUUGUCUUAUAAUCACUUGAGUAACAUGAUUCCUCCAUGUUUUCAAAACUUUAGUGACAAUCUCAUAGAUCUGGAUUUACAAAAUAACAGUCUUAAUGGCACCCUCCCAAUGAAAUUUGCAAAGGAAUGUCACUUGAGAAGUCUUAAACUCAAUGGCAACCAUUUUGAAGGGUCAUUGCCACAAUCAUUGGUCUCUUGUAGAAAGUUGGAAGUUCUAGAUUUUGGUAACAACAAGAUUAAUAGCACUUUCCCUCUUUGGUUGGAAACUCUUCCAGAGUUGCGGGUUCUUAUCUUGCGAUCAAACUACUUUCAUGGUGCCUUAGGCAAUCCUAAGACCAAAUUCCCAUUCCCAAAUUUGCGAAUCAUAGAUCUCUCUCAAAAUGAGUUCCAUGGGCAUUUGCCGACAAACCUUUUUAACUAUUUAAAAGCCAUGGUGAAUGCAAGUGUGAACAAAGGUAAAUUGAAAUACAUGGGUGAUGAUUAUUAUCAAGAUUCCGUGACAGUGGCAAUGAAAGGGUUUUUCAUUGAAUUGGUAAAAAUCCAAAGUCUAUUCAUAACCAUCGAUUUCUCCAACAACAAUUUCAAAGGAGAAAUUCCAAAGGCAAUUGGAGAGCUUCGGUCACUGAAGGGGCUUAAUUUUUCACACAAUAAUCUUUCAGGUCAUGUGCCUCCAUCGUUGGGAAAUUUAACCAAUCUUGAAUGGUUAGAUCUCUCCUCAAACAAGCUCACAGGUGAAAUUCCUAUACAAUUAGUAGAUAUAACAUCACUGGCAAGUUUAAACCUAUCAAAAAACUAUCUUUCUGGUCAGAUACCUCAAGGUAAACAGUUCAAUACAUUUACGAAUGAUUCUUUCAAUGGUAACUGGGGGUUAUGUGGAUUUCCAAUGACAAAAGCUUGUGGCAAUGGCGAGGGACCACCACCACCACCACCACCAUUCAAGAAGAUGAUUUCAAAUUUGAAAAUGGGUUUCAUUGGAAAGUUGUAUUAUUGGGGUAUGGCUGUGGAUUCGUGUUUGGAUUGGUUUUGGGUUAUCUUGUGUUCUCAAGUGGAAAACCGAAAUGGCUAUUGAAUAUUUUUUUUGGAGAAUGACAUAACAAGAUACAAAGAUCCAUGAAGAAUGCUCAUGGAGAAACUCAUUGAAGAAGAAUCUGAUGGAUACAAACAUUGGUGUUAGGAAUGUAUGUACUUGUAUUGGAUUCUUGAUCAUCUGAAGGUGCACACAACAUUGGGAUGAUUGACUAUGAAUUCAUACAGAAACACUUCUCUAACUUCAAGGGGACCAGGCAGCUUGACCCAACUAUAGUUUUUGAUUUUUCUCAUUGAGAUGAGAAUGAGGUGCCAAGACAGUAAUAGGACCACAACUCAUUUUUCUUCUUCAUCCAUGGCAUCUUUGGAAUGAGUGUGUCUGCAGUGCGGAUGUCAUUUUUGCAGGCAUUGUCAUCCCAGAUGUCAUUUGGGGCAAGUUUGGACACUCACUACUAUCAGAGCUUGAAAAAAGGGGGGAUGACUCUUUUUGCCGAUUAGCAAUGGCUAAUUAGAAGACCAUGAGACUAGUAAGCCUUAUGCUUCAAAUGCCAGAUCAACCUUUUGAAUGGACUUUGCUUGGGCAAUGAUGAAGAUGUUAGGGCUUAAUGUUCUUACUCGAUCUCAAGGUCUGGUCUGACGGAACUGCUCCUUGCUUUUGGUCAGUUUUUAUGUGACAGUCUUGACCAUAAUUAACUCUUGAUAUUUUUAUUCUUUCAUAUUAAUUUCUCUUAUGUUCUAUGUUUGAUUGUAGAUGCUGUGACUUCUACAUUUAUUGCUUGUGCUAAUUUGAGUCUAUAUAUAAAGGCAAUGACAUCAUUGGUCAUGGUCACGAUGAUGAAAUAGCUAGUUGAAACUGCAUGCAAAAAUGUUUUGGUUGUUGAGUUCAUCAGAAAUUUAGAAUUUUAAUGUUUCGAAUGUUAUCAAAAGUUCAGUAAUAUUGGGGGAGCUCUUAAUGUAUGCCGUGAUAAUAAUAUCCAAAUUAAUUCCAAUUAGGUGUUUGUGGUCUAACGAGUUUUGGCGGAUUAUUCGUCUCAAAACAAAGAAAUUGAUAUGUCUAUAAUUGUUUUAUUGCUUUUAUCACAAAGUAGAAUUCAAAAGUUGCUCAUAGGAAUAGCUUUUAAUCAGAUGCCAUUAUGUUUUAUUGUUAUCAAAUAGUAUUCAAUUACACUUUUCAUGCCUGCUGAUGGUUUUGGUAUGCUAAUUGUUAUGCACAUUUAACAAUGCUAUAGUUGGGAUCCAUUCACCCAAAUCCAAACCAUCAUCUUCAAUCGACAAGUUACACUUCUUCUGUGACUGCUAUGCUACAACUUGAAUUUAUGUUUUCCUUCCCCUUAUUUCAGGUUCUCCUUAAUGGCUUUAGGUGGUACUGAUUAUAGUUAUUUUUUGUCAAAUUGGUUAUAGUUCAAGGAAUCGGCAUCUUUAGUUUAUGCCUAGGAGAAGAUUUUUCUUGUUAUAGAUGUCUUCAUUCAUCUCUUCAUCUGUUACUUGAGAAUCUAAUUUCUUCAAAUCUGAAGGUUAGAAGUGCUGCUGAUGCCGUCAAAAGUGUCAUUUCUGCUACCUCUGGUCGUUUUAGAGAGAGCUUGUAUGAUGCAAACUCAAAUUUCCAAAAAUUUUGAGAGGCACGACUGUUUUCAAAAAACUAAUUUUAGAGGUUGGGACUUAGUUUUGGAUAUGCAGACUCUGAUUGAUUCCAUUUAUCAGCAGCUCAAAGAAUAUUUUCCCUAUCGCAGGAACUGGCUGGUGGCCCUUUCUAUCCAGUGUUAACAGGCCGGAGGGACAGCACUCAUUCAUAUUUCAAUGAAGGACUGGCUGAGAUUCCAUGACCGGGUGAUAAUAUAACACAAACACCUCACCUUUUUGCCCUUAGAGGUUUUGAUGGAAGAGCAAUAGUCAAUCUUCUAGUUUUUGAUCAUCUGAAGGUGCAUGCAACAUUGGGAAGAUUGGCUGGGAGUUCAUACAGAAACGCCUCUCUGACUUCAAGGGGAUAGGGCAGCCUGAACCAACCGUAGCUUCUGAUUUCCUCACUGAGAUGAGAAUAAGGUGCCAAGAUAGUAAUAGGACCAACACUCAGCCUUCUUCUUAACCCAUGGAAUCAUUGGAAAUGAGUGAGUCUGCAUGAAUUCACAGCCAAUCAUUAAAAGGGAGAGGACUCCUUUUAGCUGAUCAGCAGUUUCUGGCUAAUGAGAAUAUCGCAAGACUGGUAAGGGCUUAUGCUUCAAAUGAUGGAUCAACCUUCCGAAUGGACUUUUCUUGGGCAAUGAUGAAGAUGUCAGAUCUUAAUGUUUUGACUGGAUUUCCAGGUCAGGUCCGACGAAACUGCUUCUUGCCUAUGGUCGGUUACUAAGUGACAGUCUUGACAAUAAUGAACUCUUGACAUCUUUAUUUUUUCAUAUAAGCUUCUCUUUAAGUUCAAUAAUUGCUUGUAGAAGAAGCGAUUUCUACAUUUCUUGCGUGUACUAAUUUGAGUCUCUAUAUAAUGGCAAUGGCAUAGAGUAGAAAUAUAUUAUGGUUGUUGAGUUCUUUAGAAAUAUAGAAUUCCUAUGGUUGGAAUGUUACCAAAAGCUAACUAUUAUUUGGGGAGCUCAUAAUGUAUCAAUUUAAAUUGGGGCCUUGGAGCAUUCACAUUAGACUCUACACAAUUUUAGC